AUGAGUGGUAGAGGAGGAUUCCGUGGUGGUAGUCGAGGUGGAGGCGGGUUCAGGGGCGGUGCGUCUGGUGGGAGGGGUGGGUUUGGCUCUCGAGGUACGAUAUAUAUGUAUCCGCAUCCGAUGAGUGGGUCGCAAUUGUGGAUAGCACCUGAUGCUAAUAUAUCUAUUCGAUAACAGGCGGUCGCGGGGGGUUCUCGGGACCAACAGGGCCUCCGGACAGCGUCCUUGGUACAUAUACACACACCUUUAUUUGUUUCUGCAUCGGAUCCCAAUUUGUGUUUGUUGAAAAGAAAAAAAAACUAACUAAAUUGACCAUAUGCUGGUGGCAGCGAUGGGCUCCUUCAUCCACUCUUGCGAAGGCGAGAUGGUGUGCCAAUCUAUCAAUACCAAGAUCCCCUACUUCAACGCCCCAAUCUACCUCGAGAAUAAGUCUCAGAUCGGAAAAGUAGACGAGAUCCUCGGCCCGCUGAAUCAAGUUUUCUUCACUAUCAAGCCGCAGGAAGGUAUUGUGGCUAGUUCUUUCAAGGAGGGCGAUAAAUUCUAUAUUGGCGGCGACAAGUUGCUACCGCUUGAGAGGUGAGAGUUGGCCGGCUUUUGCUGGAUUUACCGGGGUUAGCUAAUCGACCGGGGUGGGUGGUAGGUUCUUGCCUAAACCAAAGGUUGUGGGGCCCAAGGGGCCGAAGCCUGCGAGAGGGGGAGGACGGGGCGGUGCUCGUGGCGCUGCCAGAGGUGGACGGGGCGCCCCUCGCGGCGGGGCCAGAGGUGGGCGUGGAGGAAGUGGAUUCAGUCGCGGGGGGGGAAGUGGAGGUUUCAGCCGUGGAAGUGGCCGCGGUGGUAGUGGAUUUACUCCCCGUGGAGGCCGAGGAGGAUUUACUCCCCGGGGACGCGGCAGAGGUUAAUCUCACUCUAUUGUCUAAUAAUGAAUUUGCUUUUUAUGAAGUUCUGUGCUAUAUAUACAAAAGUCUCGUACCGGAACCCCCCCCCCUCCGCAUUUAGUAGCGCGCAAGAGCCUACUGGAGACGGGAUCUCAAAUACUAUUGUAAGGGUGAAACUGGCAACCGAUAG